AUGCUUAUGAAAAUUCUUACCUGCGAUUGUAAUUUCAUGGGGCAAAAUCACAGGUGAGUAUUUUAAUUAUAACUUCCUUCCUUCGGUAUAUCAAUUCUCUUCAAAAUCUUUUUCUCUUCAUCUCUAUUCAUUUUUUAUUCUUUCUUAUCUACCCUUCUUAUUCUCUCAUUUCACAUAUACAUAUCACAUAAAAAUGAGUAAAACGAGCUGAAAGUGGGCGGGGCCUUACCAUAUGUAAUAAUUGUGAAAAAAACCUAUUAUCUGUUUUUUUGUGGGUUUGAGUCUUCCACAAAAAAAGCAUAAUUCAUAUUUGCAUUAUGGGUGGUCGUAUUUCUUCGACAAAGUGAGUUUUAAAUAUCGAGUUACAUUUUCUCAAUUUAUGGAAUUUAAAAAAAAACUCAUAAGAAUUAAAAAAUUAUUCUCAACACUAGAAAAAAACAUGAAAUUUUGUAUAAGGUAGAAUUUUUGCAAUUAUUUUUUUUUCAUCCAAUUUUUUUUUCAAAUUUUCAGUGGAAGCGUUGGGGCUGAGAAAAAGCCAGUCUCGUCUGUUGCUGAAAAUGGACCGGACAAGUUGCCUUAUGAAACUGUCUACAGUUGGGCUCUCUCGUUUGACGAUUUGAUGAAAAAUCGCUGUAAGUUAGAUUAUUUCUAUUGUUUUUUCUCUCAUAUUCCAGAUUUUUCAAUUAAUUUUUUUUCAGUGGGUCAAAAAUAUUUUGCCGAGUUCCUCAAGGGCGAAUAUUCGGAUGAGAACAUUUUGUUCUGGCAAGCUUGCGAAGAAUUGAAACGCGAGAAGAAUGCGGAAAAAAUCGAGGAAAAGGUUGGUUUUGAUUCUAAUUGUUUUGUAACAGCGAGCAAAAAAAUUACUUCACGGUUUGUGCGUAUUCACAUCAGGAUCAUAUUUUAUUCAUUGAAUCGGGAGCCUUUUUCGUGAAAAAAAACGAUGAUGAUGAAUAAGAAAUUCGAUUUGCUUUUAGUGAUCACCGUGAAAAAUUUAAAAUUAUUCAAUUUACUCAGAGCUUAAUGUCUCAAAUGAAAAUAUGGAAUUUUUUAAUAACUUUUAGAAACAUUGAAGAGUUUUCAUAAAAACGAAUAUGGUUUGAAAAACAUGGAAUUUGUUUUCAGGCUCGUAUCAUUUACGAGGAUUUCAUCUCGAUUCUCUCACCAAAGGAGGUAUCGCUUGAUUCGCGUGUUCGUGAAAUCGUCAACUCAAAUAUGAGUCGCCCAUCGGCAUCGACUUUCGAUGAUGCCCAAAAUCAAAUUUUCACUCUCAUGCAACGCGAUAGCUAUCCACGGUUCUUGGCUUCGCGUCUUUACAAAGGUCUUGUCGGAGAUCACGGCGUGUUAGAGGAACUAUAGGAUGAGCCGCUGGCAACACGUCAAAAAUUAGUAUCACAACCACCACCACCACAACAAGAUCAACCACAAACAUCAACGUUUUCACCAUCAGCACAACCGGUUGAUCAAGAUGUCGAAGCACAACAACCAACGGCAUCAAGAAGACGACGUAGACGUGUGUGGCGUGUUGUCGCCGCGAACAUCAUGCGACGAUUUUCAAGACGAACUGUACCGCAAGCACAGGAGACUCCUCAAGAUUCUCCUGUUUGA